CCACGCCAACCUCCUGCAUUUCCUUGCAUACAUGAUCAGCAUGCUUGAAUCACCACAGCUACAUCAAUGACAAUACUUGCUCGUCGUCGAAUUAAUAUUACUGAGGCAGUUCACCCAACAACGUUACGCGCUCAUAUCAUGAGCAAGAACAAGUUCACCGCCAACAGUCUCAUGCACGGAGACUGAAUUAAGCCUCCCAAAUAAACACAGAGCAUCAACAAUUCACACGUGAAGAACCGAUGGCGACCCUGAACAAGAAGACUUCAACAGCAGCACAGAACCACGAUGCCUCCGGCGAUGAAUCUGCCAGCCUCCAGCUCCUCGCAGAGUCACAGGUCCCGAGAACUGCGAAAUUGCCGACUCCAGCUUCAGUAGCAAGCGCCAACCUACUAAACGCCGCGCGCAUUCGCAGCCAUCGGCCAGCCGUCGCGCAAUCCCCAAAUACAAUAACAGAACAUACAUCGGAUGUUGAGGCGCAGGGGAUAGCAGAAAUACAGAAGAAAGGCAAACUUCCGAAGCCAAAUGCAGUUUCAGGGAGACUACCCAAGCGAUCUGCGCGGCUGUCUGAGAGGGGUUGGAAUGUAUAUGAGAUGCCAGAAUCUCCAGAGAAAACGCGGUAUAAGCUUCCUAAGACUGUCAAUCAUGGGAAGCUCCAAUUUGUAGGGCGGAAAAAAGUGGAGCAAAUCGCCACGCAGGAGCAAAUCGCCACGCAGGAGCCACGGACAAAUACGAACACACCUGUGCGGCGUAAAAGUGGUCGCAUAGCUGGCGAGGAUGCUGAUAUUGAUCAUAUUGAUUGGGAACGGAGGCCCGAGGCAACCCCAAGAGUUACUCAAAGAUCGAAGCGCAAGAGUGAUCUCUCAGUGGAGGCAGAGCCCACGACGCCCCGUAAGAUCGUUAAGAAGAAACAACCUUCGGGCUCGAAGCCAUAUAGUGUCAAGACCAAUACUUCAAGCUCGAAUCAGCAUCCCAUUCCCUCGCCAACGGCAGACCAAUUAGACCCUGGGGAAACCAAUAGAACAUCUACACUUGCUUCAAGUGCAGCUCCUGAACCACGCCGAUUAAGAGGAAGACCAAGGAAGAUAACCGCUGCAAGCAAAGCCAUAAUGCCGGCGGAAACCGGUCUGGACACACUUCCGAUUGAGGGUGAGGCACCGAGGAAUGGGAACUCUUCUAGGGUCCGUGAUGAUGGCGAUUCACUAUUCAUACCAGAAGUUAUCCACGAUUCUGACGACGAUAGCAUUCGCUCAACCUCAGUCGCUCAACCACAGGAUGUGGCUUCUGUCCAGCAGCAGAUUACCACAGUAAUUGAUAUUGACAAUAGUCACGAUGGAAAUGACACUGCGACACUUCCUUCUCAAACAGAUACAAAAUAUUCUGUCUUCAUAUUUCUAGAUGCUGAACGGCAUCGCGGAGAUUGCUCGACAAGCGAAGCUAAGAAAAUAAGAGAAAUCUGCAACACAGUUCGAAAGCGCAUCGCAGAAACUGGAACAGAACUUGACCAUAAGAAUGUAAAGGAUGAGUGUGUGGUGGUUCAGAAACUACUGGCAAGGGUUGAUAACACUGUAAACCCUAUAAAUCGGUCAGAUUUCAAACAAGACGCUUAUGAGUAUCUUUUCUACUCAUUAGCCCGUCUCCUUGAGGCAGUCUAUGAUUGGGCAAAAGAACAGCACGAUAAUCUGGAAGAAUCCCUCCCCGCACUUGAAAUUCUUAUUCCUUUCGCGAUGAGCAUCAUUGAUCUCAAUAGCACAAUUACGGCUUGGAAUGUUGCAGUACCGCCUCGUGCAAAAGGGGAAGGCGUGGUGAGACAGGUACUGGCAACCUUCAUCUUGCCACUCCGUGAAUUCCACGACCAGCUCCGUCAAAAACGAGAUCAACUAGAAAAGGCGGAGAAAUCUGAAAGAUUUCGUCAAGAGAAGCUUGCUCAGAUACGACGGAAAAAAGAAAAGCAAGAGCAUAAGAGAGAGGCAGAGAGGCAAACUGCUCAGCGUUGGACGCAUUGGCAGCAUCUGCACCAAGUGCGACAGCUGUGUGAACCAAGUCUGGAUCUGCGGAGGCGAAAUCAUCUCUGGCUCCGCCCAAUUAACCAGGUCCAAGAAUUAGAUGCCAACGGUGUCCCAUUCGAGCGGGAACCCUUUUUCCAGCGAAGAUUACGGCCCUUCAAUACCGGCAGCGCAGAAUGGAGUACGCACCAAGUAAAGGCAUUGCUCGAUGGUUUGCAAGACUUUGCAGGCCCUGACGUCUUUGAAAAUAUCUUCAAGGCUUACUGCCGGCCUCGCGGUAUCCUGCGGGAUUUUAAUGUUGAAGAGAUUACGAGCAAAGCAGCGGAGUUUCGAUCAGACUGCCUCGAUAAAAAGGAAGACAAUGAUUGGGAACUCCCGCCUUGGAUCGAACAGAUUCCCGUCCUACCGUAAGAACACAUGUGCAGUAGUUUGGGGGCACUCAUCCAUUGAAUAUUUGAAACGCAACGCAUAUGGAUUAUGACAAACGCCGAGUAUAUAAUGAACAGCCACGAGAGACUUUUGUAUAAGAACUUUAUGAAC